AAUCUAAUUAAAUGUGAAAUUUUAAAAAUACAUGAAUAUAAAGCCCAGGACAAAAUGCAUUUGGAGGAAUUACUGAACGCUUCUCUCGAUAGAGCUAUCCAGACGGCGUUCCAAACUCUCCUUUUGCAUUUAUGUCCGAGGGUAUCAAACUUUGUAACAAGCAUAAAAAUUGAACAGCUAAAUCCCAAGAGGUCGACUUUUUUACACUUUUAACUUUUUUUUAUUUGGAUUAGUGAGUAAUUAAUAUGGCUGUCGAAAAGAUUUACGAAGAUGAUGAUUAUGUUAUAGUCAAUAAACCGUUUGAUAUGUUCAUAAACUCAAAUAAUGAGAAUGAAAAGAACACAGUAGCUUGCCACAUCGCGUCACACGACUCCCAUCUCUCAACGUCAUCGAACCCCUUACAUUUCGCCCAACGUCUCGAUUAUUCGACCAGUGGCGUUCUUUGUAUAGCAAAGACUAAACAGGCGGCUGCUAGGGCCGGGAGACUCUUUGAGAAGAGGCUGACGAGGAAAUACUACGUGGCUGUCUUGCGACGGCAUCUUCAAUUUGACGUGGCUGAUAUUAAAUACGCGAUUGGAGAAGAUCUAGCAGCGGAGGGCGUCCACAGGAUGGUGGCGGUGACGGGUGGCGGGGGCGGGGGGGCGCGCGCGGCGCACACGCGGCUGCUGGCGCUGGAGGCGGGCGCGUACGGCGGGCAGCCCGCCACCGUGGUGCUGCUCAAGCCCAUCACGGGUCGCCCCCACCAGUUGCGGGUGCACUGUAUGUCUGUCGGUCACACGAUCCUCGGCGACUACACGUACAGCGACAGGAAAGACACCGCCCCCCACCGGAUGUUUCUACACGCUACGAGGUUAGUUUUACCGUUUCAAAGUAGCACGCUGGACAUCCAGACACAGGAACCGUUUUUCACGGACGAACGGUUCGCGUCCAAAUGGAAGUCUGACAGGGUUUUGUUUAAGUACAGGAGUAAAGAGGACUUCGCGUCCGUUUGUGACGUCAUCGAUGAGAACCUCGCUGAUGGGCUGCGGUACGAGGAGUUUUGUUGUCGAGAAUGAAUUGUGAUGAAAUAAAUGUUUUAUUUUCUUACGUUCA